CCCGAGCUGGCGGGAGGCUGACGUGAGCGGGCGGGACCAAGAUGGCGGCGCAGGUGGUGCAGGCAGUGCAAGCGGUCCAUCUGGAGUUGGAUGCCUUCCUCGUGUGUCUCAACCACGCUCUGAGCACGGAGAAGGAAGAGGUGAUGGGGCUGUGCAUUGGGGAGUUUGACACCAUCAGAAUUGUUCACAUUCAUUCUGUCAUCAUCCUGCGGCGUUCUGAUAAGAGGAAGGAUCGCGUGGAAAUUUCUCCAGAGCAGCUGUCUGCGGCCUCAACAGAGGCAGAGAGGUUGGCUGAACUGACGGGUCGCCCCAUGAGAGUUGUGGGUUGGUAUCACUCCCAUCCCCAUAUAACUGUUUGGCCUUCACAUGUUGAUGUCCGCACACAAGCCAUGUACCAGAUGAUGGAUCAAGGCUUUGUAGGACUUACAUUUGCCUGCUUCGUAGAAGAUAAAAAUACAAAGACUGGACGGGUACUCUAUACUUGCUUUCAAUCCAUACAGGCCCAAAGGAGCUCAGAGUAUGAGAGAAUUGAAAUCCCAAUUCAUAUUGUACCUCAUGUAACCAUUGGGAAAGUAUGUCUUGAGUCAGCAGUUGAGCUACCCAAGAUCCUGUGCCAAGAAGAACAAGAUGCAUAUAGGAGGAUCCACAGCCUUACACAUCUGGACUCAGUAACCAAGAUCCAUAAUGGCUCAGUGUUUACCAAGAAUCUGUGUAGUCAGAUGUCAGCGGUCAGCAGACCUCUACUAUAGUGGUUGGAGGACAGACUGGAGCAAAACCAACAGCAUGUGCAGGAGCUGCAACAAGAAAAGGAAGAGCUUCUGCAAGAACUUUCUUCUCUAGAAUAAAGCCGGAGACAGAACGGGGAAGGAUGAAAAUGUCCAGGAAUAAAAUUAAUUAGGCUAAAUCCAUUUUGAAGAAGAAAAACUGGGAGGACUCUCAUUACCUGACUUCAAGAUUUACUAUAAAACUGCAGUGAUCAAGACAGCCCAACCGAUUUUGACAAAGGUACAGAAGCAAUUCAACAG